AUGUCGUUUCUCACCGGUGUCUCUGCCCGCCGGCUGACAGUGGCUCUGCCCCGCAGCAAUGCUACGUCCUUUACUACAACACCAAUCGCGUGCGCCAUUUCGCUGCAGCACCAGCGGAGCACCUUCUCGACGACGCCUUUGCGUGCCAAGACGGCCACCGAGACAGCCAAGGACACACUCAAAACAAUUGACCGGACCGUGUCUGACAAGCUGGUGGACGGCAUUGAUGCAGGAUCCAACGUUGCAGGAAAGAUACGUGAUGCCGCGGAGAGCAUCCAGAGCCAGGCUUCCAGCAAGACCUCGGAGCUUAAGGGCGCGGCAUCCGAGAUGCAGGGCAAGGCCUCCGGCAAGGCUGCGCAAAUCAAGGGCGAGGCCAAAGGAAAGGCAAAUGAGAUGGCGGCGGACGCCAAGGGAAAGGCAGACGAGGUCAAAAAGAGUAUGUAA